AUGCAUCAGCACACAAGAAAAUCCUCUCCAGCAGUAGCUAUCAGACACAGUUCAACUACGGAAGUACGGCGGCCGCUUCCAGCUCGGCACCGACCUCGUCGGCACUGUUUUCAGAACUGGAACACUUGUUGGGAGACUCUGAGUCGCAGCAGGAUAAAUGUUGACAUUCAGGUGUUGUUUGUUGGUAACCGUCUGGUGUUAGGCUCGACGGUCAGCUUGAACGGGAUUCCUUGGGCAAACGGUACGACGAUGGACCCGACGAAUCCGAGUGCAGCAGCAACAGCAUCCGGAGGGGCUAUACUACCAACAUGUUCGACCAUAUCGUCCGCCAGUUCACAGAUGCACCACCCAAACCCGGCGUUCGGUGCGAUCGCAUCCGGGCACGGGGCCACCGGAAGUGGAUCCGGCGGCGGCGGCGGCGGAGACCACGCGUCGAGCCUGCUCAGUCCGACCCUGCUCUCGCCGGGGACGAACACCGGCACGGCCUCGAUUGCGACGUCGCGCGACGAGGAGGACGACUCCAGCAAUCAGGCAUCGUCCGGCAGCAAGGGUUCCGGCCAGCGUUUCAGUCGUGGCUCGGCCCGCACCCCGCCGAAGGUGCGCACCUCGCUGGUGUCACGUACGACCAGUGAGGACGGAUGCCAUCGGGGUGGGUACCAGUCCACCCAGCCGUGCGCCACCACCAGCAGUCGAACCGGGCUCGUCCGGCGCACGACCGUGCCGGGCCACUAUCAAUCAAUUGACCGUAGCCACAGCUUCAACGACCAUGAUCACGAUGCGAUGUCCCGAUGGUAUCAGUACCAUCAGCAGCGACACCCGCUGUCGCGCACCGGCAGCCGCACCGGAAGUGCACCGCGCGUCGGCCAUCGCCGACGGUACUCGCUGCGGGACGACGACAGUAUGCCGACCGGCCUGAAUCGCAUGGUGUCGUUCGAAAGCGUUGGCGGGCAGAGUUCGUGCAGCGGGCUGCUAACGCGCCACCGCGUCAGCCACCCAUCCGUGGCGUCCUCAUCGUUCGAUCAGUUCGAGCCGGUGAUUGGUUCGCUCGGGAGUCGCCAACCAUCGUACCAAUCGCACCAGCAGGAAGACCAGCCGGACUCGCAGCACCAGCAGCCCCAGCAGCAGCUCAGCAAAUCCAUCUCCAACGGCACGACGCGGGGCGCACAGAGCUGGAAGAAUCUGCGCGCCGUCAUGGCGUACUACUGUUCGCUGCGGAAAAUUAAGAGGAACGGUUCGAACCAACGAUGGAUGAAGUUGCGCACGACGGUACAAAUUUCCUCUGCCAUGCAGAAGAAACCACCGCUCAAGCGGGAGGACUCGUUUCUGAAGCGGUUCUCCACGCGCCAGAUACCGGAGGCACAGGAAACGGUGGAAGAUACCGGGUCCGAGGGUGCGACCGAUGCGGAGAAAACGGUACGCCGCCGGCGCCGGUUCGCCAAGAUACCGCGCACGGUCGUGAAUCCGGACGAAAACUUCUACUUCUACUGGCUGAUGCUCGUCACGAUCAGCAUACUGUACAACCUCUGGACGCUGAUCGUGCGGCAGAGCUUCCCGGAGCUGCAGAGCAAUGCGAGCCGCUUCUGGCUGUCCUGUGAUUGCCUCACCGAUAUAGUAUUCAUCUUCGACGUGGCGGUACAGCUGCGCACCGGCUACCUGGAGCAAGGUCUGAUGGUGUACGACUCGCGGAAGCUGGCCGGACACUAUUUACGAUCGCGCGCUUUUCUCCUAGAUUUGGCGGCGCUAGUGCCGCUAGACAUUUUACAGUUCCGGUUGGGCAGCCAGCCGAUGUUACGAUUUCCGAGGUUUUUCAAAGUCUAUCGAGCGGUCAAGUAUUACUACAUCGUAGAGAGUCGCACCGUGUGGCCUAACCUGUGGCGCGUAGUCAACCUGAUCCACAUACUGCUUAUACUCGCCCACUGGUUCGGGUGCUUCUACUUCCUGCUGUCCGAGGCCGAGGGCUUCCAGGGCGACUGGGUGUAUCCGUACCGGCCGGGCGACUACGCGACGCUCACCCGCAAGUAUCUCGGCAGCCUGUACUGGUCGACGCUCACCCUCACGACGAUCGGUGAUCUGCCAACGCCGGAAACGAAUGCCGAACCGUCACAAUCGGCGGACGGCCCUAGAUCACUUCCCCGGCGCGGCCUCAAAUCCAGACUGCUGCAGUUCAACUCGGCUCGAGGAUACGUAUUCACGAUAGUCAGCUACCUGAUCGGUGUCUUCAUCUUUGCCACCAUCGUGGGUCAGGUGGGCAACGUCAUCACAAACCGAAAUGCCAACCGGUUGGAGUUUGAACGACUUCUGGACGGUGCGAAGACGUACAUGCGACACCACAAGGUGCCUGGCGGUAUGAAGCGGCGCGUACUCCGAUGGUACGAUUACAGCUGGUCGCGCGGCCGGAUACAGGGCGGUGGGGACAUCAACACCGCCCUCGGUCUGCUACCGGACAAGCUGAAAACCGAACUGGCCUUACAUGUCAAUUUAAGCGUGCUGAAAAAGGUGACAAUAUUUCAAGAGUGCCAGCCAGAGUUUCUGCACGAUUUGGUGCUGAAAAUGAAGGCGUACAUCUUCACGCCGGGCGACUCGAUCUGCCGGAAGGGUGAGGUCGCGCGGGAGAUGUUCAUCAUUGCCGACGGCAUCCUGGAGGUGCUGAGCGAAACCGGCAAGGUGCUGACCACGAUGAAGGCGGGUGACUUUUUCGGUGAGAUCGGCAUCCUUAACUUGGACGGAUUGAACAAACGGACAGCCGAUGUGCGCUCGGUCGGCUACUCGGAGCUGUUCUCGCUGUCCCGCGAAGACGUCCUGACCGCGAUGAAGGACUACCCGGAAGCACAAGAGAUCCUGCAGACGCUGGGUCGGAAAAGACUGAUGGAGGUGCGCUGCGUCAAUAAGAAGCACGCCAACAAGCACGCCGCUAAGGAACAUGCCGGUGAUCGUAGCUCAAAUACCCACAAUAACCAAGGUGAUAGUAGUGAUAAUAGUGCCUCAAAACGUAUCGUAGAUAAGCUUAGGAGUGAUGUUAAGGGACUGAAGAAUGUUCUGCGCAAGUCCAGGACGGGAACAACCAGACGUAGCAAUGAGUCGAUCGAGAUGCAACCACUGCAUGGGAACGCAACCUCCGGUGGCGGUUCGGGUGGUGCGGGAAGCGGGGGCAGCGGUGGAAGCGGUGGCAACAAAACGCCCAAAACGAUGCUGAAGCGUAUGCCGCGCGUCAAAUCGGACGACAUCCAGACGGAGGACGAGGGCAAGGAUAAUGACAAGGUGCCGAGCCCGAUCGGUGCCGGGCUUCCACUGCUGCAGCGACUCCGGCUGCUCAAGGAAAAACAAGAUCGUGAAGAACGAGCCGCGAAGGCGACCGCACAAAUAAUCUCACCGCCGCAUACUCACGUAACCUCUGCCAUAUCACCACAGGAAUCGAUACAGGAAGAACCGGAACCGGAAGUGAUCGGCGCUGGGUUGCCGCUGAUGCAAAGACUGAAAUUGCUCAAAGCGAAAGAGGAUCGGCUGGCGAAGGAAAGCCAAUCGAAGCUGCAAGUGACAUCGAACCAAACUUCUAGCUCGCCAUCGAUUGUGCAGAGCAUGAGUCCGACGUCUCCCACGGUGAAGGCACCGCCGAGCCCGAUCCUGAACACGACGGGUGCGACGGGCCACCAUGCCAAACCGACGAUGCGCGUGUCCUUCAAGGACCGCAUUCGCAGUCUGCACCACCAGGAUUCGAAGCAUCACGGGGAAUCGAAACCAUCCUCGGUACCCGGUACGAUACACGAGAUCACCGACAUGAAGCAGCAGCUGAUCCAGAGUGUGGUGUCACACGGUAAAACAGGAGCGCAACAGCAGCAUCAACAACACCAUCCGGCCAAGCCGUCCACCGCGCAAUCCCUCAAGGAUAAAAUACGCUCGCUGGGCCAUCUCAAGGGUGACGAUCAGUUGAAGCCCUGGUCCAAGCUGAAGCUGGCCACGGUGGUGAGUCUCGGUGGAAGUUACACCAGUCUCAACAAUGCUGCCUCCGAGGAGUCGCCGAUAUUGAAACAGUCUAAUAAGCGCAACCGGCUCAAAACUUCCAUUCCGGCUGAUCUCAACCUAAAUUCGCUCGUCUCGAUGACGCCGCCGCCGAUUUCUUCGGCUCCUCCUACAACCUGUGCUCCUCCGACGUCCUUCUUGCCGAACAAGAUCCUGUCCUGUGCCGCAGGCGAGGCAGCCUCCGUCAGCGAUAGUGAAGUGGCAAGCGGAAGCCGAACGCACCGAACCUCCACCACAUCCAGUUCCGCCAGGACUGUGCCGGCCAGGGUACGCAUGAAACCGAAGCCAAUAAAGCUAGUAUCGAGCGAGCCGAAGAGCUACCUCUCGAUCGACGACCUGUCACCCGAAUAUUGCGGUCUGCCCUUCGUCAAAAAGCUGAAGAUUCUGAACGAGCGCCAGAAGCUGGCCGAGCUGGAGUCGGCCAUCAAAACGCGCAGCCUUAGUCUCGACUGUACGGACUCGAACACCAGCACCGCCAGCACGCACGACCUGCUGGACCAGCUGACGCGCAGCCAGAGCGAGGGUUCCGGUAUGGCGCACACGGUCCGCUCGAAAAGCGAAUCGCCCAAGCGAUCCGACUCGAACGGUCUGCUGCCGCUGAGCCCCGAGUCGAACGAAACGCUCGAGCGGCGCCAGCUGAAGAGCAUACUGAAGAAGCUGUCCGAGGACAAGGCGGCGCUGGAACAACGCCCGACCCGCGACCUCAAGAAGCUGAUGCGAGCCCAGACGGUCGAAGGGUACGUUGCCAGACACAGCAAAUUCACCAAAAGCGUCACCUUCCAUAGGAACACACUCUCUAGCCCUCCCAGCAGUGCUGCCCAGUGUGACUCUAUUGAAGAACGUAGUCUUUUUCCCCUUCUUAGCGCACAAACGGCCACCGGCACUGCACCGGGUGAGCCGCAUUCCAUAUCCGCGGCACCGCUGACCUCGUCGCAUGCCCAUGACGACCGUCUGUCGGUGGCCACCGCCUCCAUCGAACAGGAGCACGAACGCUACUAUCAGGUGCUCCACGAGGAGCACCACCAUCACGCGGAGCACCACCGGGAGGAACAUCGUCAGUACCAUCGGAUAUCUCCCACCGGGCUGCCGGGACCAGAGGGGCCGGGCCGACCGGUGGGCGAUGAAGAGACGCGCCACGCACUGGCGGUCAUCAGCAAUGGUGAUGCGCACCGGGGCUUUCCUUACGAUCCGCACGUCGAUCCGGACAUCGAUCUCGAUCCGGAUGGUGCGGAUCCGACCAACAGAUCGUCCCUUUCCGCCCUGGCCAGCCAGCGCAAACUGAUCAAAGGUUCGCUGGAGGAGCAGGAGUUUUUUGGCGAGGUGCUGCUGGGCAUCAAGCAGGUCAUCCAGACGCAUAUGAAGGAGAUACAGGUGAAGUUUCAGGACGAGUUCUUCAACCUGGAGCUGGAGGUCAAGAAGCGGGACGACAUCAUAUCAAAACUGCAGAACCGCAUCCUGGAGCUGGAGGCAGAACAGCAGGGAUUGGUGGGCCUGCAAGUGCAGCUGCCACCGGAACACGGUGAUAUGCCGUAUCACAAGUCCGGAUCAUCUGGAUCUGGCAGUACCGGGUCCUCUAACGAACUUCCAUUCAUGCGAGGUGACUCCCUGGACACCAUUUUCGCCUCCUCUCCACACUCCGACUCGGAUGCACCGCGGCAACCGAAGACACGUUGUCGGAAACCUCGCACAUCGCCGCGCCAUCGUCAGCUGCGCAACCGGCCCACGACCUGGGACGAAUCCACCGAUCAGGAAAGUUUCGAUCGCAAAGAUUCGCCACCGCUUGGUACGCGUCAGCCGGUCGGAACUGGUCCUUCUGGGCCACCACCUCCGGUACCACCGCGACGCCUGUCCGCCACAGCAACAUCCACCACCACCGCCGUUACGAUGUCCGCUACCACGGACCGCAUCCGCAGCCCGUACCGGGAUCUUGUCAUUUCCGAACUCACGGGCAACAUUAUCUCGGACAGCGUGAUCGUGAACAUUGAGGCCACGUCCAGCUCGCAGUCGGAAUCGCAGUCCGAAACCGAUCAACCCUUCGGUGAGGAAAAUGAGGAUGAGGAAGACGAUGAGAAUGGUGAGGCGAGGCAGCUCAUGAGACGCGAUCGGCCUCGGAGGCGUCAAACGGAAGAUGACGAUGACAUCGACGACGACGAGGACGAGGAUUGUGAUGAUGAGGCAGAGCUGGGCGAGGAGCUCGAGGGCGAACUGGAGCAGGAAGCAGAAGAAGAGGAAGAGGCCGCCAACGAAGAGGAAGAGCAAGAAGAAGAAGAGCAAGAGGAAGAGGACGACGGGGAGGAGGAGGAGGAGGAGGAAGAGCUCAAUCACAACGACUGGGAGGUGCGGAUGCUGGCGGCGGAGUUGAAAAAGCGCGAAAGCAUCAGCACCGACUUCCCGAGCGAUCUGGAAGGUGGCGACGGAUUGGUACGUCGCCGCAGUCACCGCAAGCGCAGCGACACCGACACGGACGGCAGCGACGGGACGGAGCGGGACGUGUUCGGGCGUCCCCGUGCCGGCAGCCUCGAUCAGCACAAUCUGCAGCGGCGGGCCGCAUUUGGACGAGCCGGCCGAGCGCCCACGAUUGCGGGUCCACCGUCGACGAGUGGUCCCAGUGCGUCCCGGUCCCGGGGGGGCCUCUUCAAGGCGUUGAGCUUCGACCGGGACAAAGAUCGUCUCUGAGAAUUAAGGCUUCACUGUGAGGUGUGCAUGUUCACGAGCAUCACCAAGGUCGUCGUCAUCGAGUGGCACGGUGGUAACGGUGCUGACGAAGCCGCCGACCACCGCGUGUUGGCCAAACCGGGCGUCUCCCGGAUCGCGUGAGCCGUGGGCCACAAUUAACCGGUACCGUACGCGCAAUACUAACAACAAAACAUCCCCUUCCCCAAACGAUCCAAUGCUGGUGCUUCCAUCGGCUCGGUAGUGAGAUUAACGUAAACGCAAUUGGCAAUUUGUUUAGCAAUCGUUGAGCUGCAAAACAGUCUCGUACCCAUUCCCGUCCAGAGCAAUGCAUAGCAUGUUGUACCACGAGUGUUAGGUUUAUGGUUUGUUUCAGUUUAUCGUACUAGUUAUCGUUAUACCCCCAUGCAGCUCCUGUGGAAGCAUAGACGCACUAGAAGACGGCGUAGAAACAAUUUAGGCAAAUCGUUGAGCUUACGGACACCACACGGCACGCUCUGCAAUAGCAAUGUUCUUAGAGUUGACGCAUCUACCGGUGAUCUUUAACGAAGUUGAGAUAUAUCUAGCACAAAAAAAAAGCAAACGAAUCAACCCGGCUUUAAGUGAGUUCGCUUUGCGAACAGCGAACAGCUUCGAUUCGCAGAAAAGUUUCCGUUCCAACUCCUGGUUUGAGUUGCCGUAAGCGAAGUUCCGUUCAAGUAGGGUUAGACAUUACUUUACCGAUAGUGUAACUAGCGACAAACUGUUUGUAAUUCGAUCGACGUUUCAAUUGUGAUGCCCGACACACUUAAUGAUACGAUUUCUAUAGGGGAGGGAUAACAAACUAACUCACGAGACACACGCAUUGAAGUCGUUACCGUGUGUACUUCAAAAGUUCGGAUUGGUUCAGGAGAUUACUACGCAAACCACACUAGUUCCACCAAAACCCACACGUAUUAAGCAUAGUACACAGAGUUUAACAUAAGAUUAGCGGGUACACACAGAGUACAUGGCAACAAAGGUAGUUUGUAUCAUAGUAAGGGUAACUCUCUGUGCGCUACAACCACACCAGGACGCGAUGGACCUAAAGUAGGACAAGUUAACGUAACGAUGCAUGCGGAAUGGGACGUAGUGAAGCUUAACAUAUAAUACGGAGAGAAAAAAAAACGACCAACAGCACUUUUCAUCGUUUUUAGUCUAGGAAUGUGCGUGAAUGUGAGUAAUGAACAGGUGAUUCGAAUUUUCCGGACGUGUUCCUGAUCCGUCGUUUUUUACCCGUUUAACUAGUCAAGUUCGGUAGGGAUGAUACCAGAAACGGAAUAAUAAUUCCACGAGGUUUUUUCUUCUAAUUUUGUAAAUGAACAGCAUGUUAGUAGAUAACUUUUUCUUCCGCCUGACGUUACCAUUUUCUAACCAAUAUGUUUAACGUGUCCCAGGUUCUCUUACUAGUAAACACUUUUUAAUUCUACCAAAGUACCAAACAUGAACUAAGAGCGAACGGGGGAGGAAGAUAGAAAACACUAGCGUAGAUGACUAUUAUACUGUUAAAAGAAAAUGAUAAAUAGCACUUUAACUUUGCCAAUUAGCAAAACCACAUACAUACACAUACAUACAUACAGACACAACCACACACACAAACGCAUAUGGAUGAAUGGUGAUGAUAGAAAGGAUAUAAUCGCAUGCUAAUUUAGACAGCAUUACAAAACAAUAGGUUUAUAGAUCCUGAUCCGCAACAAGACCAAAAUCGAACGACAACGGAUCAACAGAGAAACCCAGGCAACAUAAAACAAAAUACAGAAGAGAAAAAAAACAUAUUUAAGGGAAGGCGCUAGCGGACGGUGUAGAAGCAACAACAAACAAAACAAGAGGGAUGUUAAGAGAUGUUAAGCAGAACUACUAAACCAAACAUCAAUAGCUUUAGUUUAACUGGUUUAGCAACAGAUGGAAACUGUGGUCUGAUUAUGUCUUAUCACACACUGCACACAUUAUUGACAGCGAAUUCACGACGUGAUUUAUGAAUACCAAACCCAUUCAACAAGUUAGUCCAUAUUUAUUGUUCCAUUGAGAAGUACGAUUUUCCACGCUAAAAACAAACCAGUUGCCAUCUUUUGCUAAAUUUGUUAUGCCACUUAAUACGGUAAGGUAACGGGAUUUGUAUUUCGUAGUACUUUUAAAACAAUUUAAACUAAAACCACAUCCUCCGGCAUCUGGGUUUUGGGGGUAGCAGCGGUAGGCUAGGCUAGCAGGGCAAAAUGGCGUGCAAAACAGAGUCAAAAUAUGACAACACUAGAUGGCGUGGACAACACAAUAGAUUUAAGCCCGAGUUUGUAAAAGCAUAGCACACUUUGACUGGGGCUGGGUGGAAGAACAAAACGCAAACAUUAAAGGAAAAACCACAACCAAUCGAAGGAGGUAAGGAUUAACAGAACAAUAAAGAGACCACUGUUUUACCCUAGCAUCAUGGCACAUAGAAACGAAAACCAAACCAAUACUAUAACGUUUAUAAAAUCAAAGUGAUUUGCAGAAUACAACAACUAUGUAAAAACCAAAAAAAAACAAACCAUACAAAACAAACAAACAAACACAAAUAAAACCAAAAUUCCUGAAAACAAGAGUCGGAUACGUUGAAACACACGUUGUUUUGGUAGCGAAUUUAAUU